UGGCUUCUCACCAUCGUCAAAAAACCUGCACUUUCGUCGAAUUCUUCGAUAUGGCCCCAAAAGCUGAGAAGAAGCCCGCGGAGAAGAAGCCCGUCGAAGAGAAGCCCGCCGAGAAGGCUCCAGCGGAGAAGAAGCCCGCCGAGAAGAAGCUCAAGGCGGAGAAACGUCCGGCAAGGGAUGUUGCCGCCGGGAAAAAGAAGAAAAAGAAGGCGAAGAAGGGAUCCGAAACCUACAAAAUCUACAUCUUUAAGGUUCUGAAGCAGGUGCAUCCUGACAUCGGGAUCUCCAGCAAGGCGAUGAGCAUUAUGAAUUCCUUCAUCAAUGACAUCUUCGAGAAGCUGGCUCAGGAAUCAUCUCGCCUCGCUCGCUACAACAAGAAACCCACCAUUACAUCUCGUGAGAUCCAGACCUCUGUCCGCCUUGUUCUUCCCGGUGAGCUCGCUAAGCACGCUGUUUCUGAAGGAACCAAGGCUGUCACAAAGUUCACCAGUUCUUAAGCUGCCUGUGUGGUUGAUUGAUGCGAAUACUUUUUAAAAUGGGAGUAGAUUUGAUUUUUGUUUAAAUUUAUUGUCAUCUUUUAAAUUUAGCUUUCAGAUCAAUAGAAUGUGGUUCUGUUGGUAAA